AUAAUAAUAAUAAUAACAACAACAACAACGAACAUUCCUUAACUCCAACAUUAUCAUCUCCAACCGUUCCAACAAAUUCAAGUACAGCUUUUACAAAUAAAACAAUAUCAACACCUGUUUUUUCUCCUCAAACAUUUGCUCAAACUAAAUUUGGUUCAUUAAAAUCUAAACAUGCUGGAAAACGAAAUCAAUCAAAAAUGUUACCAAGUGAAUUUUCUGCUUAUAUCAAACAAAAAGAACAAAUUCAACAAUCAAGAAUAUUACCCGUAUCAUUAGUUGAUACAAAACCUACGAUAAUUCCAUCUUCAUCAGCUAUAAUUCGUCCACCGAAUUAUAGAAAUUAUUAUAAUCCAUAUGUUUCACAUACACAAAUGAAUUCAUCAAUAUUUAAUAAUGAUUUACCAUUAAGACCAAAUACAUUACCAUUAACAAAUGGUCAGUCAUCGAUUUACGUUGAACAACAAAUGACAAGUUCAACAUCGUAA